AUGGGUAGAAAUUAUCAGCACAGGCUCAAGUUCUUGCUCCUGGCGACAAUUUUUGUAUCAAAGAUGGAGUCUUCUUCUGUUUCUGGUGCCAAGAGUGAUGAGACAGGCACAUGGGCAGGGUCCAAGUACCAGAUUGACUGCACAAUGUGCGCCGCCUGCGACAAUCCCUGCAACACCCCGUCUCCACCGACGCCGUCCUCACCUCCUCCGCCGUCCUCCGGCUCCGGCAGCUACUACGGCCCACCACCGCCGCAGACGCCAUUCUCGUACUACCAGCCGCCGCCGUCACCCGUCUUCCACGGCGGCGGCGGCGGCGGAGGAACCUACUUCAACCCGCCGCAGAUGGUCCCAUCGGGGCCGGCGCCGCCGCCGCCGAACCCAAUCGUGCCUUACUUUCCCUUCUACUAUCACAACCCCCCGCCGGCUGCAUCGUCCGAUUCAUCCAUACCAUUGAAGAAAGCUAACGCCUUUAAUUUCAUAGCUGUCGCUCUGCUUUUCUCCAUUUUUAGUAUCUUUAAUUGA